AGCGGGACGAGAUGAGUUAGUCGAGCGCUAGCUGGCGGCCCGAGAGGAGCCAGGAUGCCGCGGGGAUUUUUGAUCAAACGGCUCGGCGUCCCCGGCCACGACGAGGCCCUCAGCGCCUUCCAUCCUCUACCGUUCAACCCAUUGCACUCUCUGGUGGAACGACUGCGCUUCGAUCCGCGCUUGUGCUUCUACCCCGAGCCUUAUACCACACCGUUGGAUCUCUCCUUGAAAUCGAACACUCCAAUAACACCUCCGGCCACUCCAUCCCCGUCGUCACCUCCUUCCAGGAAGAGGAACUUUGAGGAUGAAUCGACGACUCCUGGGAAAUCUUCGAAGAAGAGUUGGAAGUCCCCAGUGAAGAAGGCCGUCCGCAAGUUGAGUUUCGACGAGGACACCACCUCCCCCGUGUCUGGAACCAUCAUCAGACAACUGGACGAGGGAGAGGCGCCUCUGGUGGUGCGCAAGGGUGACAUCGAUCCGGCUUAUAACGUGGUCGAGGUCACAGAGGAGGCGAAGGCAGAGUUGGCCAGGAUCGAGAACCGUAUCGGCGACUACAUCUGCCGGCUCUGCAAGGAGAUGUACGAGGACGCCUUCAGUCUCGCACAGCACAGGUGUUCCCGCAUAGUCCACGUAGAGUACCGCUGUCCAGAGUGUGACAAGGUGUUCAACUGUCCGGCCAAUCUGGCGUCACACCAGAGGUGGCACCGCCCCCGCGGCUCGACCCAGAAGCCGCCGACCUCCGCCUCCGACGACGAUGGCGCCGGUCCGGCCCCCCAUAUACCCUGCCCCGUCUGCGGCAAGAUGUUCCGACGCCAGGCCUAUCUCAGGAAGCACCUGCUCAGCCAUCCCCUGCCCCUGGUGAGUCCAUAGCCGUCUUCUAGAUAUCUCCAAUAUAUCUAAUCUUGUAAAUAUAUUCCUUCGAUCUCACAAAGUUCUAGUCAUUUAUAAAUUUGUCUGGUCAGUUAUCUAGUCAUGUAAAUAUACAAACUAUAUCUAGUCCAUAUCCUAGUCAUGUAUAUUAUAGUAUGUAUAGAUAGUUUAGAUCUAACUAUAUAACAAAUGGCAUAUUGUACAAUUAAAUUAGAAACCGAAACUCUAGUCUUGGUUUGAAAUUUUAAUUGCCUUAAAAUGCUAUUUGUAUGUAAUUUCUAGUCGGUGGAAUCUAGUCAUUUGUAAAAAAAGAUCUUCUAGUCAGAGUAUCUAGUCAUAUCGUAUAUUUAUAAGGCAGUUUAGUAAUUCUAGUCAAAUAUUACUUAUCUAGUCAUAAUAAAAUCUAAUAGCUUUAAUUAGUAAUAAUAAUUAGUAUUUUAAUGUCAAAACGUAGGAUAUCAUUGUAGAACUGAUUAUUUCAUUAUGAUCUCAUACUUUGUAAGUAGUACCUUCAAAAAAGUUUAACAGAUCCGUAAUACUUCAAUUAAUUCAUUACCAAAAAAAAUUGCUUAAAGACAGUUUAUUUAAUGUAGAUUCCAUUACAUAGCUCAUAACUCUAACCUAAACAUAACUUUAAAUAAUUAGACUUCAUCCUAAUCCCUCAGUGCUGGCCCCAAAUGACACUUUUAAUAAUGUAGUCAUAAAAGUGUCUAUAAUAAUUACUAUACAUGAACUAUUUAAACUACAGCUUUUAUUCACUCAUAUAAACUGUUUGAACUUUCAAGCACACAUUGGACUCAACAUGUAGCCUACGCGUGGAUCACACUUGCUUGUCAAAUAUUAAUUGAUUAAUCACUCAUAUUACAGGGUAUUGCAAUAGAUAACACAGUCAGUUAGAUUAAAUUUGGGAACGCCCCUAUUCUUACGGUUAGUCCAGAAGAGCAUUUUAUAUUAAAUUUUAUAAAACUAAUUGGUUUACACUUAGUUCAAUGUCCAAAAAGAUAGCCUACCGCAUGAAAAAAAUUAAAUUCCAGUAAUCGGUUUGCAAAAGUUGUUUAAAACCCACAACGAAUGGAAAGUUUUUAUUAUAGUCUAAAAUUUACAGAUUAUUUAAGUGCACAUAAUAGUAAUAAAAAUUAGGUACAUAAAUAUAAAAUUAUAUUUUUCAACGUCCAAACGUAUUAUUGCACGAAUUGGUUAAACCAUUAGAUAAAAUACAGGGAAAUACUUAUAAUGUCUGCUUUACAACGUCAAAAGAUAAGAGACUUGAACGCCGAGAUGUAAGGAGUCGUUCCUCAGGCUGUGACCCAUCAGUAUUACUGACAAGGUUCUUUCUGUAGACUACAUCUAAUCUAUAAGUUUUGUGUGUGUGUGUGUGUGUGUGUGUGUGUGUGUGUGUGUGUGUGUGUGUGUGUGUGUGUGUGUGUGUGUG